GGACAAUUCAUAUGAGUUGUCUACUGAGCUCGACCUCACAGCUCUGAUCAAACGUAUACAUGAAGCUUACCAGAUGCAUGAUUCCAAUAAUAGAGAGACGAGUAUAGCAAUCGAUUGCGUAGUUCUUCCUUCCUGUUUUGUCUCCAGGAUGUCUCUUUAUGCAGUAGAGAUUACUGGUCUCUCAGCAAUCCACGACUCAGCUACGACCGUCGUUCUAAAACUACACUUUUCUCCUCAUUUUCAACCUAAGCAAGAUGAUGUAAUCCUGCUCUUGCCUGUCGAUUGGUCAGAACUGCAUCAAGCAAGACACGUUCUCUAUCCCAAUGGCAAUGCGACAGUCGACUUCUCUACUGGUGAAGUGGCAACAAACGAUUCAGAUUUCAAUUUCCAAUUUGUUUACUUUCAAGAUGACGCUGCAGUAGGGCGUAGCCGCUCAUUUUGCCUCAGGAAGGAUCAUGACAUACCGCCGUUUCUUGAUACAAACGCCCCAGUGGUUACGUCACAUGAUGCCUCUCUAACGCAAACACCGGUAGAAGACAUCGAUACAGUGCAAACAGUACUGAAGACACAAGCAACGGACGCAGAGUCGCGUCGUUCAACCAAGUUUGAUCAACAUCAAGAAGUGACGUCAUCAACCCCCGUCUUCGCUUCCCAACUCGAUGACCACCAUGCGGUAGGAAGCAAAUCCACCUGCGCCGGAACAGACAGCUUUGUUUGUGUUGCAUUGCCUGCAGAACAAGAGCUGGCCGGCUAUGAAAAAGAGAGGCAAGCUCAGUUUACUGCAUCUCUGAGUGAUCGCAACCGAAUUUCAAAAUUGUACGAACGAGAGAAAGCCUUCCGUGUAAUACAAGAAAGCAAAAACACGAAACUGCAAAGCGAAUACGAUCGAGCUCUAGCAGAGAACAGACAACUGAAAAAAGAGUUAGAACACGUGGAAUCAGAAGUAGAGGAGACGUUUCUCAGACUAAGAUCGUCAAAGCAGCAGACGGGGAUUCCCCAACUCGAACAGGCCACCUGCUUCACUUCACCAAUAAACAAAAUUUCACUUGGUUCCCAGAGAUUGGAGAGGAGUGACGAAGCAAAUUUCGCUACCAGUGAUGAAAGUGCAGAUACGGAUAAAUUACGGAUCGCAGACACCAGAGGGUCUAAUCAGAUUUCUUCGUGUAAUGAUGUUUUCACUUGUCCUGUCUGUCUGAAGGCGUUCGACGAGCGAGACGGUACUGCACGCUUCCAGCUCCACGUCCACGGACAUUUCUCAGACGAAGACUAUCUAUUCCAUUGAACAAAGCAAGCGCCAUAGUUUUGGCCAGUUAAUUGCAUGCAAAGCGCCAAGCAUUCGGUCUAAGUAUAUAAACUAAAUUCAAUUUAAUUAAAGGGUGUA